CGUUCUGGGCCAUGCCUCCCCUCCCUAUCUGCAGCCGGACUUAACUGGGCUCGGCUGGGCUGCUCUUGGUUCGUCUCCAUUUGGCUCUGUUCGGUUGUGCUCCACUAGGUUCGGCUAGGCUCUCAUUGGUUCGGCUCCAUUUGGAUCGGUUUGGCUGUGCUCGGCACCGCAGCCCCGGCUCGGCCCCGCCAUACGCGAGGGCUUGGUGGGCACAGUGGGACCACUGGACGUGGAGCGGAGGGUGGCCGUCUGGCGUUCAGGGAGAGAGAGAGAUGUCGUUGAAACCAUUCACCUAUCCAUUGCCCGAAACAAGAUUUCUUCAUGCUGGCAGGCAUGUGUACAAAUUUAAAAUCCGGUAUGGCAGCUUCAACAGCUCUCCCAAUCUCAGUCUCACUGAAAGCGCUGCCAAGGAGUUGGAGGAAGUGAUUCGAGUAAUCCUUGGAAAUCUUGAUGAUUUACAUCCAUUUUCUACAGACCACUUCACCGUCUUUCCAUAUUUGAGUAAAUGGGAGCAAGUAUCAAAAAUGAAAUUCAAACAUGAGAAUGUCCAUCUCAUGCCUUAUCCCUACAUUUGUACGUUGUAUCUAGAAUUGAACUCAUUCCAGGGAAAUAUAUCUUGUGGUAAAGAAGUAAACAAGGGCAGUGAUGAGCUUGUCAGGAAAAGAAAUGAAAUGUCAGAAAGUACUGCAAUGAAAGAAGCAGUGAAGAGAAGAAGAGUGGAAAUUAGAGAUGAUACCUCAUGCCCACAGUCCUGUAUGGACAGAACUGGAGCUGACUGUGUUCACCACAUGAGUAAAGCAGAGCAAGGAUUUGAAAAGAAUUCCUCCAAAGCAAAUGAGCUUGAGUUCAGCACAGCAUCCCUUACUAAAGACUGUGAUCAACUGAGUUUCUGCGGGCCUGUGGAAUUUGCCCUUGAACAAAAAAGAGCAGUCAGUCAGGCUGAGGGUGCAGUGCAGCUGCUGCAGCAAGUGGACCAAACAGGAAAGAAAGGAAACAUGAAGUCAGAAGGAAGAGGUCUCUCACAGUUCUGGAGAAGCAUCAUCUUUUCGCCACUACAACAUCUUUUUGGUGGAAAAAACUGACCUGGAAGUACUAAUUGUUGUGGAAAGGUAGAUUUGUAGUAUGAAUAUUGGGUUGCACUGUUUCUUCUGUAAGCAUUGUAAACCUUUCUCCAAGCAUUGCUUAUCUCAGCUAUUAAGUGUUUUAAAUUAAAUUCUACUUUGCUAAUGCUUUCAAAGUAACAUUCUGAAGAUGUUGGGUUAGAACAACAUGUUGGGUUUUUCUUCACAUCUUAGAAGUUUUGGAAUAAAGCAAGAAACUUUAG